GAAAAGAAAAAGACCUUCAAGUUUGGCGAUGGACUUGGUUUUGUUCUGGUGAAAGUGGUUGUCAAAGGCUUUGCGGUGGAAUUGGAUCAUGUAUCGAAACAUGCAAUCAUUACACUAAUUACAACCUCAAGAAUCCUCUUGAUAUGCAUAAAUGUAGCAUACGAAUAACUACUGAAGUUAUGCUCUCUGAAGUAGAUACAGACUUAUCUAUGCAUAUGAUUAUUAGUGCUAACAAAAACACAACCAAAGAAGUUAAAAUGAAGCUUCUUGCACCUCAUAAUAGUGUUUCACCAAAUAAACUUCAAAAGUUACAUAAUAAUCAAAGGUCCAUAUGUGAUGAUGUCAAACUUCGCCAACUUCUUGAGAGAGAUGACUUACGUUGUAGAAGAAGCAGAAGUAAAGAGGAAGCUAUAGAGCUUGGUCAUGCUUAUGAAUUAUUUAUUAGAACUCUACCACUUCCAGAAAUUACUAAAGAAUGUGUAAAACCUAUGACUACAAAUAAUUUUACAAAACGAAUGAACAAAUCAAUCGAAGGCAGACGUGAAAAUUCUUCACAAUUUAUAUUUGAAGCUAGUCAAGUAACCUAUUGGAAUGCACGUAUUAUAGAACAUCAAGCAUUAUCAUUUAAACAACCUGCAGAUGUAAAACGACGUUUAAAUCAGGGACGACUGUGUGUUUUACUUUAUUUAGUAAAACCUGUAGUUGGUGAAAAUGACUUAUAUUUCUAUGUUAAAAAAGGAAAUAAUAAGUUUUGCUCUCCAUAUACUAUGAAAUAUAUUAAUCUUGAUAAUGAAUCAUAUCAAUUACUUCAGCCACUAUUAAAUAAGCUUAUUUCUAAGCAUCUA